CACGUCUGGGACCCUGACGAUUGAACAAAUAAUGAGGACAGUUCGAUUGAAUGGAUAUGUCCUGUUCAUAUAGUGGGACUUGAUCAGAAUUUGAAUGACUUGAAAUGACCAUUCGCCAGGAUCUGCUUCCUCGAGCUCUGUCACCCACCCUCUGCUGAACAUCAUGGGCAUGAUGACGUGGCGCGAGAUGUGGGCCAUUGUCACGGGUGACAAUCCAGACUUCCUACACUUCCACCCGGUACUGGCCGCCAUCUCCAUCUAUCUACUCAUCAUGAUGCUGUGUUACACACUGUACCAACUGUCUAGACUCCUGCCAUCCACGUUACGCAGCUAUGCAUUCGACUUCUUCACCACGUUGGCCGUCUGUUCGUAUCCUUUCGGUCAUGCUGUCAUGCGACAAGCGUAUGGCGGUGCUGGUUACAUGUUCGGCAUGGUGCCUUUAGUUGUCAUAAACAUACAACUUUUUUCGAGAGGGAAUGGAUCACCGUUGGGUUACUGGAUGGAUUUUUUACAAGGAACUACUUCUUUAUGGACUAUGCUUACACAUAUACCAGUGCAGAUUCUGGCAGGGAUUGCAGCAUUCAGUCUUGGAAGAUACAUAUACAUGCUGGAAUUCCAUGAUUCUUUUGCUCCGGCUCUUUUCGACGAGAGAUGCUACACCGAUCUAAAGACGACCCUAGCUACAGGGUUUCUGGUGGAGACACUUGGAGUGACAUGGGACAGCUGGCUGGGAGAGCAAACGUUGUCCAAAGUCAAAUUCAUUGAUAUGUUGCUCAAAGUCAUUAACUGUAGCAUCUUAGUAAAUUUAGGGGUAGGUUUUACAGGGAUGUAUAUGCACCCAGCCAUGGCGUCUGGUCUGUCUUUCGGGUGUGAUGGUACAGAGAGAUGGGAACACCUCAUGGUGUACUGGGCAGGGCCUUUCCUUGGCUGUUUCCUCGCCUUACAGCUCAACAAAAUUGUCCGAAUUCCUGACUUGUCUGGCUUUAAAGGUCAACCAGCAAGAUUGUCAAGUCCCUUGGAGAAUGGAUCAGGUAAACAGAAUGGAAUACAUAAGCAGAAUGGAUUAGGUAAACACAACGUCUAUAAUGGGAGGAUGGCCAAAGCAACAGCAGAGAAUUCCAAGAAACAGGUCCGAAGAGGGAAGAAACGAUGGUAUUAAAUCAAAAUGUUUUCGUAUUUCGAAAAAAGAAGUUGCAAAAUUGUCCUUGGAUAGUAAGGUUUCAAUUGACGUGUAAUUGUAACUGUUAAAUGUACCUUGGUACUCCCUACACCCCCCACCCCCCCUGUUUAUAUGUCCAGGGAGGUUAGUCAUUCAGGAGUCUACAUCAAGGGUUACAUUUUCUUUUAGCAGUUGAAGUUCUGGCAGAUUAAAAGGACUUCUCGGCUUGUCAGCCGCUAAUUGGCCUUUUCCCCCCACGAUUCAUUAUUAAUUCAUUCCAAUUGAAUGAUUUUUCUGAGACAUGUAUGAUAUGAAUGUUUAGAUAAUCCAGAAGAAGUAAACAGGAGACUAUAAUACUAUAGUUAGCAUUAAAUCAUACUUUUUUUUUAUAUAUAUUUUAAGAAUUUUACAGUGCUUUAAUAAUUUAAACAGCUUCAUUAUAAUGGUGAUUUUUAUGUAAACCAGUGUAUUUUACCCAAGUUUUAAUGAGUAAAUCUUAACCAAUGUGAUAUGUGAGCACAUUUAUAUGCAUUAGGGGAUUUGGAUGGAGUGGCAUUGAUCGAUAUUAAAAGCAUCAUACAAUUGUGUAAAUAAUGAAAAGUUUGAUAUACAUGUGUAUGCAUAUUAAAUACCUUGAUAAAUGUAUUGUAUCCCUUGGGUAUAACUUCAGUAUAACGCCACUUAUUUUAUAUGCCAACUCACUUAAACUGAGAUGAAAGUAGGCUUUUGGACAAAAAAUCUGAAAGUUAGAAUUUUAAUCCUUUCUAUUUCUAUUGGAAAAAUUAAAGGUUGAAAUCAGCGAAAUGGCUGAAAAUUUCAUCUCUGCUUACACACACAUAAAUAAUGGUCUCUAUUUCCACUUUCCAUAAAAAAUAUCCUUUAUUUAUCUACCUCGAUAUUUUGCCAAACCCUUUUAUAAUGCCAAAAUAUCACUAAAACUGUCAGAUUGAGGCACUUUAACAAUAUUGUUCUGCAUAAGCAAAGUGAUCUAGGUUUUUCUAAUUGCAUAAUGUUUGUACGGUGCUCAGUCAGAUACAAACAUUAGAAAAACUUAAAUAUCCUUUUUUUAUAUUAUUUAUAUUUUAAAAGUGACCUUUGUUAACGGUUGGAUUGGUCUGUUAUAACUUUGUAAUGAUUAAGCAUGGACCAUGUGCUCUUUUUUAUGAUCAUACAAAAUAUGUUGUAUUUUACUGUAAAACUGUGCAAUCAAUUUAGGGCUUUUGUAAUUUUGUCUUUGUGUGAUUUCUGUAGCUAUUUUGUUGUUGCGUUGUUGUUAAAUAUAUUUUUUUCUCAAACAUUAUCUAUAUACAUGUAUAUUGGUGUAUUUCAUUUGAAUUCACAGUGAAUUUCAAAUUUUUCAAAUACAUUUAAAAGUUGACUUGUAUUGGAAUUGCAUUGGUAAUCAUGAAAAAUGUAAUUUCUCGGUAAAAAUAUUUUUUUAAAGAAAUGUGUGUUUUUUGGUAAGACUAGCGUACAGCUAUGUUGCUUUAUGUUAUGUUUUUGUAUAUGUUCUGUUCUCUGUACCCCAAAUGUUUUAUGAAGCAGAGACAUUUUUAAAGAUGUGAUUUAAUUUCGCGAAGAUAACUAUAUAAACAAGUGACACUAACAAACAAGUUGUUCCUGGAAUGGCGUCUUCGUUAGUCAAGGGUUACGAUCCGGGAAGAGUAGAAAGACUGGAUCGUACCAGAUAGUAAUCCUUGGCUUGCGAAGAUGAAGUUCAAGUAACAACUUGUAAAUGUCAGAACACAUGUUUAUGUAGGAAUUUAUGCUACAUUAAAGCACAUCUUUUAGAAUAACUUGACUCGAUAAAACAUUUACAUGCAAAGAUAUUGUAUGUACAGAUAGUUAAUCUCUGAUGUACAUGUAGAUAUGCACUUUUUGUAGAUAUGUGAUGUUUUAUUCAGAUAAUUAUGCCUGAAUGUGUCUAUUCUAUAAUUUAGGCGAAUAUUUAAGAACUAAUGUUCUAUUUUGAAGUUUGAGAAGUCACCUAAAAAUUCAAGUUGAGCAAUGAAAUUAAAUGAAUUCAAAAUAUCCAUAUAUGAAAAGAAUAUCACUCCUUAAUUUCACUUACAUGUAAUAGAAAGUGAUACGUUAACUAUCAAUGGUUCAUACACUUAUAUCCAUUAAUCGGACCAGUGGAUCCAUCUUUUGAUAUGGGUCAAUCUAAUGAAGGAACGGCCUAGAAUUUGCAUAAAAGUAGGUUCAUUCCAACAAAUCUUGAUAAGUCAAUAAUAAAAUUACGUAACUUCUAAAUAAAUCUAUUUCCCAACGUCAUGGAAACCCCUGUCUCAUGAAUGGUUAGGUUUAUCCUCAAUAUCCAGGGGUUACGAUCACUUUUGCUCACUACACCCCUGGAAUAUGUCAUAGCAAAAUUGAAGGCUCAGUGUGCGCCACCUUGUUGAUGAGACAAGAAGGCUAGUUCGAUCCUUUGAUAUACAUCAACAGAAUCUCGCGGUCGCGUAGCGGUAAAAAUUGACAGGCUUUGAAGUCGGGCGUCUCAAUCUCCUUUGUAAUCUUCAAAGGACAGGUAUCAGCCUAGCGAUCGGUCAGUUUUUUUUACCUGAGACCAAUCAAACGGCUAACUUUCCCUUCAAUUUUGCUAUGACAUAUUCCAGGGGUGCAGAGAGGGAAAGUGAAAGUAACCCCUGGAGUAUCGAGGAUGGGUUAGGUUAGGAGAUAACCACUACAGACGAGAGACAGUGGUUUUUGGGUGUAAGUCAGUGUAGAUUGUAAAUGUAUCUUAUUCUUGGUCAUUUCGAUUACCACAUGUGUUAAUUGCCACUGUUUUGUUUGUGAAUGUUUUCACAUUUUAUAAAAAAUUCUAUGAAAUGAUUUUCAUUAUUCAAACAGAUUACCUCCCUUGUUGGAUUAGUAAACAGGUUAAUGAAGAAUUGCACUUGAAAUUUGGAAAACAUUUCUGUUUUGAAAUGAAUAUCACAUUCUGGAUUCAUUUAAAAAGCAAGGGAUGAUUUGAUAGUUAUGCACUAAAGAAUAAGAAGAAAACCCUGAAAGGACAGGUUGUUUAAAACAAAAAAUCAGACUUUUGGCAGUUUUUCAUACUGGUGAGUUCCAAGUUUUGUAGACCAAGAGUAAGAUUGACUUUAACAUAAAAUUGACAAUCAUAAACAAGAGUUGCUUCCCUUUGUAUAUACCAGGGUAUGACUUGCAUUGUAUUUGUGUCAGUGAUUGUUGCACAUAGGAACUCCAUUGUGUUUUGUUUACGUAGAGUAUAUACUCAGUAAAAUGAAAAGCAUGUUUAUUUUCUCGUUGCAUCGGAUGUCAGUUGUGUUAACCAGCUGUCUGAAAAUAAUAAGGCACAUAAGCUUGUAAUGUAUAGUGUACAUGUACUUAUAUAGUAAGUGUCAGGUUAUCUGGGUCAGGUUAACAAAGAAGGAACAGGAUGGUAGGGUUUGACUAUAUGUCAAAGCUCAAAUAAAUCCGACAUUUACCAUACUAGUAUCUAUUCGAAGUACUUCUAAAUCUUCUAAAUGGUACUGACCAGCUUCAACAAUUUGAAGGUAAGUAUGGUUGCCUGCUUUUGAAGAACAUCUUGUCUUGUUAUUUUCAAAUUGCUCAAUUGCACCAGUAAGAAAGAAAAAAGUUACAAAAAACUAUGCAAUAGUUUGUGGUGGCCUUACAACAUGUUUGUGUUGAUGAGUUUUUGAGUAAAUUAAGAUUAAAAAAACUGAGUAAGAUAUCCUGAAUGAGAUAUUAAAAAAGGUGUUCAGAUAUCCUACCAGUAAUUAAGAUUUUUGAAAAAGAUCUGUUCAGAUAUCCCAAUUAAGAUUUAAAAUGCUGUGUUCAGAUAUCCUAAUUAAUAUUAAAACAGCUGUGUUCAGAUAUCCUAAUUAAGAUUAAACUUCUGUGUUCAGAUAUCCUAAUUAAGAUUAAAAAUGCUGUGUUCAGAUAUCCUACCAGUAAUUAAGAUUUUUGAAAAAGAUUGUCAGUUAUCCUAAUUAAGAUUAAAACAGCUGUGUUCAGAUAUCCUAAUUAAGAUUAAAACAGCUGUGUUCAGAUAUCCUAAUUAAGAUUAAUACAGCUGUGUUCAGAUAUCCUAAUUAAGAUUAAAACAGCUGUGUUCAGAUAUCCUAAUUAAGUUUAAACCGCUGUGUUCAGAUAUCCUAAUUAAGAUUAAAACAGCUGUGUUCAGAUAUCCUAAUUAAGAUUUAAAAGGCUGUGUUCAGAUAUCCUAAUUAAGAUUUAAAAAAGCUAUAUUCAGAUAUCUUUUUUAAGAUUAAAACAACUAGUCAAGGAAAAGUACAUGUACGAUUAUUCCGUAGUUAUUUAUUGGCAUUAUUCUGUUUUUUAACCAUAUGAUGAUCGUUUGAAUUCCAAAAAGUGCCUUUACAUAAUUAUAUUUCCAUUUGGCCAGUUUUAGUAUUUUGAUGGGUUUUUUGUCAGUCUUGGGUUAUAUCCUUUUUCCUAUAUCCCUAUUUUAUUUUUCAGUUUCAAUUAUUUACCAUUUUAACCAUUGUUUUAUAAUUCCACAGACUUUUCUUGAAGACAUAAAUUAACCUGUAUUCGUGGUUUAAAGGAAUAAUUUUACAGAGGACCAAAAUCAAACAUUCUUACUCAAUGAUUUGAAUGAUCUGUGUUUUCACUAAAACAUGUUUAUAAGAAAUGAUACCUCAGUGAAGUUGCCAUCUUGAACUGUUCUUGGAGAAUGAUGGGAAAAUUUGAACAUGAUAAAACGCACGAAAAGUCUAGAACUAUAGGACCUGUCUAUACCUGUCAGUAUCUAGGACAGCAUGUUAAUGAUUUUCUACAUACAAUGCCAAAUGUAAUGUGUUAUUCUGUUAAUAAAGCUAUGAUUCGUUA